UAGCGUUCUGCUUGCCAGAAUUUGCCACGGCCCAGCAGUUUGAGCAAGAUGCCGCAUCCCCCGCACCCAGCCAUGACAUGCGCGCCUCAAAUCAGCUCGGGAGCCUCCCCAUCGCAAGUGCGGGUUGUGACGAGCUCGAUGGCAGCCCCCUCGCCAGUGCUCGCUCACCGCACGGUCGCCACGCCCGCUCGGGUCCGGAUGCAGCCGGAGGUUGUGCGGACACAUGGCUGGCCUACGAUGAAGCAGGAGCAGCCUGUCACACGCAAUAUUCCUGCGCCUGUCUUGCGGCUUUCUGCAAGCUUCAACUCUCGCCAGCAGUUGGCAGCAGCGUGCACCUAUGGGUCCUUCACCCCUGCACCGCGCGUGGCGCACACCGUGUCGACGCCAAAAGUCACUCCGCAGGUCACAUCGCAGGGCGCGUCCACGGUCUCCACGGCAUCCACUGACACAAAGCCGCGGCCGACUUCAUAUAGUCAGCCAUCACUGCCAGUGAGUGCAGAGGGCCAGCCCCGGUCAGGCUUGCGACAGCAGCUGCAGACCGCCAGCGACGAGCUGCGACGCAUGCAAAUGACCCUGGAGGAGAUGGGAUCCCAACUGCCAGCAGCUUGGAUCGGGGCCUGCCCAGGAAAGGUGAGCCAUUCUCGGGCGAAUGGCAGCAAGGAAUCGCCCCUGUCGCUGGUGAAGCACGCAAUGAAGCAACUACAAGGGAGCCUGGUGGAGAGCUUGAACUCCACUGAGAGGAUAAAAGAGAUCAAGGCUCGCGCAGCUUCUCCAGGACAGCGCAAGUUCAACGCCUCAUCUCGGGAGCCCAGCGUGACCUCGCUGCACCUUGCAGGAUCUGGGUCCCGGCAGGCUAGCCCCGUGCGCCGCCGGCCGACGCGGCAAGCCUCCGCCCCGGUGCGGAUGCGGAGGCCUUCCUCUUGCUCCAGCCGAGGUGGUGCAUGUAUGUCCAGCCGGCUCACGGGCACGGGGCCGUCCUCCGGCAGUCGGCUGACACGCUCCCAGCGAUCUGAUGCCGAGCCGCGGAAAGGACGACUGGAGGCCAGGAACCUUGCUUUGGCCGCCAACCUGGCAGAGACCCAUUCCGAGGCGGAGGCGUCUGAAGGCCGCAGUGUGUCCAGCGACCGGCGAAAGCGGCCCAUGGCAAGGGUCGUAGGGUCCCGACGGGCUCCACUGUCUGGGCAUGUGCUCAGUGACGCUCGACGGGCUGGCACAUGCAGCCUUCCAGAGCGGAAGUCUUUGGAUGACCUGGAGGCGGAGGACAGCGAGCGCUUGCCCAAACAAACCUUGGCUCCAGCGGUGCUAUGUCGCUGAGCGCGGCUGGGCCUGGGAAAUUCCAGCCGGACCGUAUCAUUUGACUUGCAGUGGGAUGAAGGGCUUGAAUCAAGUUGCU